AUGAAUCGCAGUUUAAAAUCCAGCGCAAAGUUUGUCGCCUGCGUCGUGGCGAACCUUUCUACGUACAAGGUGGCAUGGCUGCGGGUGGACACGCAAACCAUCCUGACGAUAGCCAAUCAUGUGAUAACGAAGAAUCACAGAAUCGGCGUCACGCACACCGAGCACAAAACAUGGCUGUUGCAUAUACGUGAUGUCCGCGAGAACGACCGAGGGAACUAUAUGUGCCAGAUAAAUACUGACCCGAUGAAAAGUCAGAUUGGUUAUUUGGAGGUUGUAGUUCCGCCAGAUAUUUUGGAUUACCCAACGAGUACAGAUAUGGUGGUGAGGGAGAGUAGCAACGUUUCUCUGCGUUGCGAAGCAACAGGGUCACCGACGCCAAACAUCACCUGGAGAAGGGAAGACGGCGAGUUGAUUAUUCUGGGAAAUAGUCAGGAAGCUGCCAGUAUUGAAGGACCGGUCUUCAAUAUCACGAAGGUGAAUAGGUUGCAGAUGGGAGCGUAUCUUUGCAUCGCGUCCAAUGGUGUGCCGCCAACAGUCAGCAAGAGAAUUAUGCUUGUUGUACAUUUUGCUCCAAUGAUUUGGAUCCAGAAUCAAUUAGUAGGUGCUCAAGAAGGACAGCAAAUGACAUUAGAGUGUCAUUCCGAAGCAUUUCCCAAAUCCAUCAAUUAUUGGACACGAGAGAACGUCAUUAUAACAAACGGGGAGAAGUACGAGGCAUCCUUUUCGGACAACGUGUACAAGGUGCAUAUGAAACUAAUGAUACGUUCGGUCGCGAUGUCCGAUUAUGGUAGCUACAAAUGCAUAUCUAAAAAUUCCCUUGGCGAAACGGACGGCAGUAUUAAGCUCUAUCAUAUACCAACGCCUACAACGGAACCGACAACGACAAGCACAAUGCCCAUUCCUACUACUGUGGAUCCAGUGGAAAAUAUCCAGUGGUCGCGACAAAAGCCCGUGCCCAGUCUAGAGCCGGGUUCUAAUGAAAUAACCGACGCAUCUUUGUCGACUGUCGUCAGAAGCGAAGAAACGCGAUCUCGUAGCAGACCAAGCCAGGGGGAGAAUCACGAAGCCGAAAAUGUCAUUGACUCUAACAGCCAUAAAAGUAUCGAUGAUGACGUCGGACAACGAAGAAUCGACAAUACGGCGCAGUCAAUGUCCUCUACAAGCAGCACGUGGCGUUGCGUGACGCGAUCCAGCGCAGUGAUCUCCAUAAUAGUGCUUUCCGCCCUGUCGUAGUCAUCGCGACGUGGGGAUGAUUGAUCGUAGUCCUUCCAACUUCAGGAUAAAAUCCUGUAAAUCUCUCCUCAUGCAAGGGAUCAAUUAAUCGACGAAUUAAAAGGGUGAAUAGCAUAGACUCAUUAAAGAAUCCACAGCUAUACGCCGAACAAGAAAGAUGAUUAUCAUAGUGGAAUUAUGAGUUGUCUUAUAUUUGUUAGAUGAGCGAAACUUUACGAAAAAUUUACUCAUAUUAGAGAUUUUCCCCCUCCCUCGUUUGUAAUAAGAUGCAUUAUCCAUUUCUUUUAUUCAGUUUUUGAUAUUAUUAUUAUGCAAGAA